AUGCUGGUGGCGCUCAAACAGCGAGUGCUGGUCACGGCGCACACGCACUCUGCCGUCGACACCGUUUUAACCAGAUUGCCGUCAACUCUGAAGAUACUGCGUCUUGGUUCAUCUGCUCGCGUGGCCGCCUCGCUGCUGCCUCGCUGCGAACAGACGCUAGCGGCUAAUUGUGACACUCCGGAGAAACUAGCCGAGCUCUAUGACUCUAUGGAGGUGGUGGGCGUGACGUGCCUGGGCGCGGCGCACGCGCUGCUGGCGCGGACCGCGUUCGACGUCUGCGUCGUGGACGAGGCUACACAAGUAAAUAUUAUAUGUCGUUUUUAUGCCCAGCCAGUUUUCCAAGCUAGCAUAGCCAGCUAG